AUGAACUCUCGAAAACAGAGCGCCUGUCUGUUUGUGGUCGUGAGAACGGGGACAGAACGACGGUCAGUGCGCUAUGAAACGGAGGUGCUGGGAGAGCAGUUCAUGUUUAAGAUGAGAGAUCAUGUAUAGGGUCGGCGCGUGACGGGCAUGGCGCUGGGGUCGGAGGAGGCGCCGGGCGCGGACGGGGCGGAGGCGGCUGAGGACGAGUACGCUCUGACGGCGCUGCGGGCGGCGUUGGACCUGGCGGCGCCCGGGGACGCGCCCUUCAACCUCUCCUGCGACCCCGCCGCCGCUGCCGCCGCCGCCCCCGCCUCCGCCGCCGCCGCCGCCGCCGCCUGCAACCUGUCGCAGCUGUGCAACGCCACCGACGCCGACCCGCACCCGCGCGAGCUGCUCACCUACAUCGUGCCCGCGCUCUUCGCGCUCAUCUUCGUCGUCGGGGUGAGUUCCUCCCGCUGCUGCCCUUGGGAGUGCGCGGCCCUUUGUAACGGUUAGCGUAUCGGACUGUUAUAACCAUAUUUAAUUGUUCUGUUGUUAUGGUUUAACUCAAAAUUUAUGCAGCCGUCCCUCCAUAGAGAAAAUGUUCUAACAUUCACAUGUAUAUAUGCCUGGAAUGUGCGCGUCAUUGGGUCCGAGGCGAAGCGAGGCGUUGCGAGCGAGUGGUGCGUGGGUGCGCAGGUGCUGGGCAACGGCACGCUGGUGUUCAUCUUCGCGCGCCACCGCCAGCUGCGCAAUGCGCCCAACACCUACAUCCUGUCGCUGGCGCUGGGCGACCUGCUGCUGAUCGUGACGUGCGUGCCCUUCACCUCCACGCUCUACACCUUCGACUCGUGGCCCUACGGCGCGCUCAUCUGCAAGCUGUCCGAGGGUGUCAAGGACGUGUCCAUCGGCGUCUCCGUCUUCACGCUCACCGCCCUCAGCGCCGAGCGGUGA